CUUCACAAGGCACCAAGUUUCAUUGCGCGGUCGAAAUAACAGAAUGGCAGAUAUUUUAGGCCAAACUUGUUUACAUCGGUUGGGAGACAAUGUCAAGAAACAUAGACUGAUAUCGUUCUCUGAUAAGAACGAGGUAACGAUUGGCAGGUCUCCAGACGUUACAGUAUGUCUUUUGUCCAACAUGAUCUCGCGCUGCCAUGCAACACUACAGAAGUCUGAAUCUGGGACCUGGACCAUCAAGGACAAUAAGAGCCUAAAUGGGGUGUUUAUUAAUGAUGUACGGCUGGUGGCCAACCAACCAUGUACACUUGAGGAGGGAGACAUUGUACAGCUUGGCAUUGCAAAAACACCACAGGAAAAGGCAGAGUUUAUAUUCAAAUUCCAUAAAAAUCUCAAAGUGAAGCGUGUUCGACAGAACUCUUCUCAGGAUAAUUCAGAAAAGCAAGUAGAGAAUUGUGUUGAAAAAUAUCCAAUGAAGAGAAUAAAACUAGACUGUGACGCCAAGCCAGUGAAAUCAAUUCUUAAAAAGGGUCCAACAGAAAAACCAGAAAGUGAUUCACGAGUGUCGAGUUCCCAACCUGAUCUCGGAUGUUCUGACGAAGAGGCAGACAACAAGGACACACCUAGGAAAAACAACAGAGUGAACCCUGACAAAGACUGGUCACCAUUUCAAGAUUACAAAGAAAAAGUUAAACAACAGGAAAUGGAAUCUUAUUCAAAAUUAAAGGAGUACGAGGCAAAGAUGGCAGAGAUGCAAAAAAUGCUACAAGAGAAAGAAGCAGCACAGAAUGAGAUAAAGAAUGAACUUGAAGAAGAAAAGAGAAGAAGAGAACACCAGGCAAAGGAGUUAAAUACGAUGUUAAAAAAGAAAGAGGAAGAAAUGGAAGUUGCAUUGACAAAGAAAAAGGAGGAAGAAGAGAAAAUGAAAGAAGAACUUGAAAACCAAUUACUCAAUAGAGAGGCACAAAUGCUGGAACAACUUCAAUCUGAGAAAGACCGUCUGCUAGCAGAAAAGCGGAAAAUAGAAGAAAAUCUUAAGUUGACAAUAGAAGAAAAAGAUCGGCAGCUACAACAAGAACUUGUCCAACAAAAAGAAAAGCUGGAUGGUAUCAUAAAUAAAAAGGAAGCUGAGCAGCGGAUGCUGGAAAGUCAACUGAACGACACGAAGGCAGAAAAGGAUCAACAGAAGGAAGCCAUGUUACAUGCUAGGGAAGACAUUCUGACAAACUUUGCCGAUCUCAUGGAGACAGAGUUACAGUGUAGUAUCUGUAAUGAACUGUUUGUACAGGCCACCUCUUUGAACUGUUCCCAUGCGUUCUGUACUUACUGUAUAGCAGAGUGGAUGAAGGUGAAGAAAGAAUGUCCGAACUGUCGGGCACCAAUCACAUCUAGCUUGCGUUCCAUUGUGUUGGACAGCUAUAUAGACAAAAUGGUGGAACAUCUCAGUGACGACUUAAAACGUCAACGUGAUGAGUUGGUGGCUGCUCGCAAAGCCGAGGCUGAAAUAAAGGCAGAACAGGAUAAACCAGGGACAUCAGGGAAUGGGCAGAGGAGGGGGCGUGGCCGAGGCCGAGGUAGAGGGAGAGGGCGAGGUAGAAACCGUGCAAAUCCAGACCCUCCUCUUCCUGAAGCUCCGCCCAUUGUAAUACCCAGUGAUGAUGAUAGUGAUGAUGCUAUUGAUGGAGGUGUGGUCUCGAGCGGUGGUGAUUCUGAUAGCGAUCACUUUGAAAGUGCCAGCGAUAUGUCGUAUGGUGAUGGUGAUGACUCUGAUGACAGCUCUGACCUUGUUGGGGGAGCCUCAGGGGCUUACUUCGGUGGAUAUGGCAGAUGUUUCAAAUGUGGAUCAAGAGGACAUUGGGCAAAUGGCUGUCCAUAUUCAUAGUACCUUUGGGACAGACGGAUGUCUUCGGUCAUUGAUAGUACCUGUGGGACAGACGGAAGUCUUCGGCCACUGAUUAGUACUUGUAGGACAGACGGAUGCUUCGGUCAUUGAUAGUAACUGUGGGACAGACGGAUGUCUUUUGCCAUUGAUUAGUACCUGUAGGACAGACAGAUGUCUUUUGCCAUUGACUAGUACCUGUAGGACAGACAGAUGUCUUUGGUCAUUGUUUAAUACCAGUAGGACAGACGGAUUUCUUCGGUCACUGGUUAGUACCUGUAGGACACUGGUUAGUACCUGUAGGACACUGGUUAGUACCUGUAGGACAGACAGAUGUCUUUUGCCAUUGAUUAGUACCUGUAGGACAGACGGAUAUCUUUGAUCAUUGUUUAAUACCUGUGGGACAGACGGAUAUCUUUGAUCAUUGUUUAAUACCAGUAGGACAGACGGAUGUCUUCAGUCAUUGAUUAGUACCUGUGGGACAGACGGAUGUCUUAGGUCAUUGAUUAGUACCAGUGGGACAGACGGAUGUCUUAGGUCAUUGAUUAGUACCAGUGGGACAGACGGAUGUCUUCAGUCAUUGAUUAGUACUUGUUGGACAGACGGAUGUCUUUGGACAUUGAUUAAUACCUGUGGGACAGACGGAUGUCUACGAUCAUUGAUUAGUACCUGCGGGACAGACGGAGGUCUUUGGUCAUUGAUUAGUACCUGUGGGACGGUCGGAUGUCUUUGGUCAUGGAUUCUGUUCAGAGGAAGUAACCAAUGUCUAUCCUCCAACAUUGAUAUGUAUUAAUACCAUACACAGGUCCCGUCAUCAUCUCAACUUUGUCUUGUGAGUGGCAGACAUUUUGUUAUUAGGACACCAUGAUCACAACAGACGGACAUGGAGAAAGUUUAUGGUACUAUCCUAGUUGUGUGUGAGACUAAGUAGGGUACUACAAAAGUAAAACACAGACAGUAUUGUCCAUUAAAAUGAUAACCUCUCCUUAAUUUUUUUCUGGUAAAAAGGUGGAUUGAGUUAAUGGCUUCUAUCUGUUUAGGGUAAAACAUUGUUGUUACAGGUUUAUAUUUAUUUUUGUUUUAAUACAUACACCCCAGGAUACCUAGAAUAUUCAAACAGGAACCUAUAGCUCAUAAAAAGACAGGUCUAUUGGAGAACAGAAAUCAAUUAACUAUAGCUCAUAAAUAGACAGGUCUAUUGGAGAAUAGAAAUCAAUCAAGAUCGGAUAAUAAGCCUCUAUGACAAGGGUGCCAAAAUUGUGAAAAUGUUAGAUACCCAUGGUGUUCAAUUAAUUGCCUUUUUUUCAUAUUGUUUGUCUAGAGAUAGUCAAUAUAAAUUAUUGUUGGAUUGAAAAUGGAACUUUUUGAUGAAUUCUGUUACCUAUUUGGAAUAAAUGUUUGCAAGAAAACUAUAUGAUCUGAAUUGUGGCAGCAUUUACUCUCUGAAUAUAUAAGUGUUUGUUCAAUAAAAAUAUUGUGAUUAA